AUGGAGACUGUUUGGGUUAAGCCAGAGCCCUCAUGGGAAGAGUACGAGCCCGCGACAGAGUCAGAGCAUGCCUCGGAAGAAACACAAUCUCCGACAGAAGGGCAGGGUGCAACGGGAAUGAGGGUGGUAAAAGUGAAACAAGAACCUCCAGAGGAGUGUGAUGAGCAUGACAUGAGGGCGCAGCCUCCAACAGCGGAAGGCACGAAGGAUCCAGUGCUAGUAAACCAGGGGCUCCUAGAUGGUGUGAAAAUUAAAGUGGAGGUGGAGAUUGAGAGAGAGACAGAAGGUGUUAAAGAGGAACCGGAUUACGCAGGUGCGAGCGAGACCGUGCGAGACCCGCAGGCAGAUUUCGAAACGUCACAAAAACCGAAUCAAAAAGGGCCCUCUCGGCGCGCAGCUCACUCCGCCGCAGAACUUACCGAACGGAAGGAGGUCUCGUGCGACAUAUGCUCAAAAACAUUCAAGCAAGCAAGCAAGCUGAAAGACCACUUGAGAAUACACACAGGGGAAAAACCUUAUAAUUGCGCUAUUUGCGAAAAACGGUUCAGACAAUUAAGUCAUCUAAGAAGACACUCUCGCAUUCACACUGGCGAGAAGCCUCACGCGUGCGACGUGUGCAAACAAGAGUUUACUGAGUUGGCUAAUUUGAGGACGCAUCAACGAAUUCACACGGGAGAGAAACCUUAUGCAUGCAAAAUGUGUAGCAAAGAAUUUGCUGGACUAAGCUGUCUGAAGCGCCACGAAAGAACGCACACUGGUGAAAGGCCGUAUUCUUGCAAGAUUUGCGGUAAAGAGUUCACGCAAUCGAGUACGUUAAAGCUUCAUGUAAGGACGCACACUGGGGAAAAGCCUUAUCAGUGCGCGACGUGUUUCAAAUUAUUCAGCGGAAUGGAUAAUUUGAGGAAACAUGAGCGUAUUCAUUUAGGUUUGAAGCGAUUUUCAUGUGAUAUAUGUAAAAAAACCUUUACCGGUUUGAGUACUUUAAAGAGGCAUAUAAGAGUGCACACAGGGGAGAAACCUUAUGUGUGCGAUGUGUGUAAGAAAGCGUUUUCAGGAUUAGAUAGUCUUAUAAGGCACACUCGUAUACACACUGGGGAACAGCCGUACUCAUGUGAGACGUGCCAAAGAAGGUUCAGGCAAUUAAGUAAUUUAAAUAAACAUAUAAGAACGCAUAUAGAGCAAAAGUUUUAUUUUUGCGGUAUGUGUACAAAGAAGUUUAGAGAAUUGUGCACUUUGGAGAAACAUGAGAGGAAGCAUCACAGUGGGGAGACUAGCACAGUUUCGGUCGCGGGAGUGGAUAUUGAAUAUGCUACGUGACUGUGUGUGUCAGUGUCAUGAACACAAACUAUGUAUUGUUCUUGAA